UAUCAAUAAAACCUGAUUAAAAUCGAAUUAUUUAUUCAUAAAUUAUAUUUUAUGCAGCCAUUUAAUAAAUUAUGUUUAAAUCAUGAAUUCUUUUUCAGAUCCAAAUGUCAUGAUUUGUAGGCGUGAGAGCAUUAACUUCACCUGUGAAAAUGAAGAUGGUGAUAUUAUAAACAUUGCAAAAGAAAAUGUUUCCAGUUUUAUAAAAAAUUAUCUCAAGCACACUGAUCAUUACAUUCUAUCUCCAAAUUUGAUGAUUGGAAUUAGAUUAGGAAGAUAUGAAAACCUUACUCUUAAUCUAGUACAAGAAACGAAACCUAAAGUAAAUAUUACAAUAGGACCAAUGAAUUCAACUACCUCUCAAAAACUAAUAGAAGGUCUAAAUGGUACCCUUGUAAUAUCUUUAGGACGAGUCAAAAGGUUUCGUGGGCCAGUCUCCAAAUCGAUCCUCAUAAUAUCCUCUAAAGACGCUAAAUCAUGUCAUCUCGAGCAUAAUGAUAUCACUUGCCAAAAAAGAGACGAAAAUAAUAUAAUAAUCAACUCAGAAUUCUUAAAUGAUACGUACGAGUACGACCAUUAUAUAAUAAUUCCAAAUUUGGUGAUUGGAAUAAGUAAAAAUUUAUAA